AUGCCGGUCCGCUCCAAAACACGCACGUACAAGACCGUAAACAUUGUAUUUUUCGGACUAGCGACCGCGGCUAUCUUUGGACGAUUCGCAGCUCAUGUAAUCGUUGGGCGUGUGCAAUGGCUCAACGAUGGUAACAUGGGUGUGGUCUUGGCUUUGAACUCUGUCUUGUUUGCUACGACGUAUAAAAUGGCCUUCGACGGGCUCGGACAGGAUAUAUGGAAAGUCCCCUUUGAGCAUAUAACAUCGAUGCUCCGCUUCUUUUGGAUCUGUGAGAUGGUCUACUUCAACCUUAUCGGCUUCAUCAAGAUCGCCUUCCUACUCUUCUUCUUGCAGAUCUUUCCAGAUAAACGCUUCCGCGCCACUAUUUGGGGAGUCAUCAUCCUCAACAUAGCCUUUAUGAUUGCCUUCACCUUCGCAGUCGCAUUCAUAUGCACCCCCGUCAGCUUUAUGUGGACGAGCUUAGACGGCAAACAUCAAGGUCAUUGCGGAAAUAACAACGCGCUCGCGUUCUCGCAUGCUGGGGUCAGCAUAGUGUUGGAUCUUGUCACGUUGGCUUUGCCAAUUGGACAGAUUUGGAAUCUACAACUCAAGACUAAGAAGAAGAUUGGGGUGCUAUUGAUGUUCAGUGUGGGUGCUUUUGUCACCGUGGUGUCUAUCCUGCGCUUGCGAGCUCUUGUCUCCUUCGCACGCGGCGAAAACAUCACCUGGGAUUACCUGGAAGCCGCACUCUGGUCCGUCAUCGAAGUCAACGUUGGCAUCAUCUGUGCCUGCAUGCCAUCGAUUCGCCUUGGCCUCGUUCACCUCUUCCCGUCAAUCCUAGGAAGCACGAAUCAGUCGAUUUCGAAAACCCCACUGGGCGGCCGAGUCAAAGGCGCAAGUUCAAGGCCGGACGCAAUUGCGGUGCAGACGAACUUGUGUGUAUCGCAUGCGCGAAAGCCGCAUGACAGUGAUCAAGGAAGUUUUGUGCAGCUGGUAGAAAUCAACGGGUACGAGGGCAGUACCAAGACGAAUUAA